AACAAGUGGCACCCUAUUACCCUCGGCAGUGCGCACCACAGAGGACGUGGCUCUCUCAGGUUGGUUCUGCCUUACCACACCAAUUGCCAAUAGCCUGAGUGCAUGCAUUACUUGAAGAACGGAGAACUCUAUGAAUAUACGAUCGAACUCGUAAAGAAAACGGACCGCACUGAACAAAUGGCAGGCCUCAUUUUGUGCUGCGUGCUGUUGUUGGCCGGCACGGCCCUCAGCGACUUGGGCCCGGAUACCGACCGACUGGUCAAUGCCCACUCGAACCUAGCCCGACAGACGUUCGACGUGAUCGAACAGGCCUUCGAAGCCCAGCAAGAGACGUUCGACCAGCGGAUCGACGCCCUGGAGGCCCGCGUGACCGAGCUUGAGGAGAUGAUCGCGGAGGGCGUACCAGCUGGACCCGUGGUGCCAAAUGAACCGGUCACACACGCACCGCCAAUGCAGCCUCAGCCAGAGCCAGAGCCCCAACCCAAACCAGAGCCCGAGCCUGCCCCGACCACCACGACCCAAGCCCCAACAACGGUGAGGAGGACCACGACUCGGUCGACCACCACCACGACACGACCCCCACCGCCUGUCGUCACCACGCCCGAGACUUGCCAGGACUUGUUCGACAGAGGGGAGACCACCAACGACUGGUACACGAUCGACCCGAAGAACACGGGCGCACCGUUUGCGGUGUAUUGCAACUUCGAUGGUGGAGAAGCCAAGACCGUGGUCCACCACAACAAGGAAGAAGAGGAGAAGAACAAUAACAACAAGAACCCAGGCACCUUUGUCUUAACGCCCGUGUAUAGAAACGCUGACACCAACCAGUUGGCCGCCCUGACAGAUGUUUCCGCUUCCUGCCAACAGUUCAUCAAGCUCCGCUGCAAGGCCGCUGUCCUCUUCAUCAAGAAGGGCACGGACUACGGCUGGUGGAUUUCUCGCGACGGGGAGACGAUGCGGAGUUGGGGAGGCGCGCCGGCGUCUGCCGACAGCCGAGCCUGUGCAGGGGGCCGCAGUUGCCGAUGCGACAACGUCGGCAAAGGAGAGACCUCCGACGAGGGACUGCUGACGGAUAAGGAGUACCUGCCGGUAAAGUCUGUCUACCUGGGUGACACAGGUGGCCGGAAGCAGACCUCCUGGCUGACCCUUGGGGAAUUGGUAUGCACCGGCAAAAUGUAAACACCUUUCCAUCCCUUUUCAAACCUGAAAUUUAUUUUAAGCGAUAUCGUCAAUCAUGCCAACCUGGAGGAAAUUAUCGAUCAAAUAUGUUGCACGUGUCACUCUUCAGAUACUCCAUUAACUGUUAACGUUUUGAUACAUUUUUAUACAUUGACUAAUAAGACAGGUCAUGAUUUAAUAAAGAGACUACGUGAUGAAGAGAUUUGAUGGUACUUGAGACGCGCGACAACGGUGUUAUUUAUAGUUGUCUUUCAGCGCUUCGAAACAUGUGGGAUUUAGUGGACUUCGAUGCAUAUUGAUUUCACCACAGCAAAUUCCAAAAUGUCACACAGUUGUCUUUGUGACUCCAAAUUCAAAGUUACAGCAGAUCUCUGUGGGAAUAAACUUUUUACAAUUUGCUUCGUUUUUUCCGGAAGCACUGUUAUAUACCUGUAGACUGAAUAGCAUGCAUUAUAGUUAGCAUCAAUACCACGUGUUGCUCUUGCUAUUCAAGUAACCCACGUAUGUUAAUUGUGGAAAUAAAGUAACAACAACAACACGUUUCCUUCACUUGUCCUUCA